GUAAAUCAAGUAAGAAAUCUUCAUUUAUAGACCCUUAUAAUUAAAUUAGAAUAACAGAAAACAAUUCAUACAGAUUCAUGUAUAGGGUAGAUUCGGUCUACGAAAUAUAUAAUUACUUCAAAGUAAAACGGUAUAACAAGUAAGAAAUCUUCAGAUCCUUAUAAUUUAAUUAGAAUAACAGAUGACAAACGUUUCACUUCACAUUUUCUCACUAUAAGUAACCCUCUCCUUACAUCCACAAUUUCACCAUCUCCCAAGUCACCACUCUUUAAUUUUCACGAACUUGAAUUUUUUUUUUUCUCAUCUUAACCAAAAACAAAGAUGAAGCUCAUGGUUGUACAAUUCUGCAUAAUCUUUUUUCUCCUCACAUCUUCAUUUUUUGUACCUUCAACCGCUGAUUCGUCAUGUGGUGGAAAGUGCAACGUGAGAUGCUCAAAGGCAUCACAACAUGAAGAGUGCCUCAAGUAUUGCAAUAUAUGUUGCGAGAAGUGUAAUGGUUGUGUUCCCUCUGGUACUUAUGGAAACAAAGACGAAUGCCCUUGUUACCGUGAUAUUAAAAACUCCAAAGGCGGCCCCAAGUGUCCUUGAACAUGUUUUUAAAGAUCAUCAACACACACAUGCUAUUAAUAUUUAUAUGUAUGAAAGAUCUUAGUAACAACUAUGUUUGACGGAUGAAAUAAUAUUUGAGCUAAAUUACAAAAUAAUAAUAAAGAUAAUAAUAAUAAUAAUAAUUGAGCUUAAAGAUUGAAGUGUUCGAUGCAUGAAAACUAUGAUAGAAAAAAAAACGAAAUACUUUAAAAACAAAUAUUAUGACCGAGGCCGAAUGUAGGCCGCUACGGAUACUCGCCGCUAGUUUUGAUCCACCUCGGUGGGGGACUGGAUACACCGGUUUAUUCAGAAAAAAAUAAUAUGUAUUAUGAUAUGGGUAUGUUGCUCAUGAAAGGUAGGAUCGUUCACCAGAGCUAUGAUAGAUUAGAGGAGACAUGAUGUCUCAAAGGAGCCACAAAAGCUUAGAUGAGAGAGACAUGAUCGUUCAAAAGAAUAAAAUCUUGUAAACUUCACCAUAACUUCACCAUAUCUAACUUUUAUUGUACUCUAAGCAGUUUCUGUCAUCUCUAACGUGUAUCUCUAAUCGAAUUGUUGAACACAUUAAGAACAGAUCAUGUCAAGGUUUAUUUUUCUUAGCUUUGUUUAUAUUGAAACCCCAACUUGUGGCGAGGUAGAAUGAGGCACCAUCGCGCAAAGUCUAGUAAAUCUGAUUCUUGCUUUUGUAUACUUCUUGGUGAAUCAUGUUUGUCUUUAUAACUUUUCUUUUGCUUUAGAGUCCAAUGAAAACACAAAGAAGCGAAAUCUAAAACAAGAAAAUGACCAUGAUAUAUAAAGAGAGAAUCCUUCUACAAACGAAACGAGAACGGUACAUCGUAGGCAAGCCAGAUGAUACAUAAAGAGUCAAAACCAGCAACAAACCCACCUACAAAUUCUGAUAAGCAAAAACUCAAAGCAAAGAGAGAGGCCUAUUGCUUCUUUAACUAGAGAAUGGGUCUUCUGAGCCACUCUCUGCUUUCUUUUGGUGGUUGAAACAAAUUAAGCCUCAACGCUCACAAGCUCAUACUCGAUGAGGGAAAGAUUGUU